GGCUCUGUGUGCCACUCUCUGGGCGGCAGAGCGAGCGUUCGGGCCGCGCAGCGCACCAAACUGACACUGUUCCCAGCACACACACACAUACACACACACGCACACACACUCACACGCUCACUUGCACGCACGCACACGGGUGGCUCAUGAAGAUUAACACAGGCGCUCCAGCACUGGAAAUACAAGCCUUUAAAAGAAAAGAAAAAAAUAAAAUCACACACAUUUACCCAACAUCUGGACUCUCUUUUCAUUUUCUAAGGACUUAGAGAAGAAGAAACCAAUAAUAAGACCAAUGUAAAACAACCAUAAAGAAGAAGAUUAAAGAGAAAUCAUUUGCUUAUAUUUCUGGAUUAUUUCGCUUAUGUCCUAAACGCGUGGAUGUAACCCGGACGGUACGGUACAAGAAGGACCGAGGUUCAAUCAAGUAGCGUGCAACAAAUAUCGAGAAUGCUGUUAAGGCUGUGAGCGUCCCGCCUCAAAGCACGCGGACCAGGCUGACUCACGGGCCUCUGUGAGCCAAGCCAGCGAUACCCAGGGCUGCCAAAGGAUGCUGUUGCCAAGCCGGGGAAUGAUGCACAUGGCAAGGCUGCUCCUACUGCUGCUGCUGCUCCUGGGCUUCUUCUUCGAGGCUGAAGCAGAUACACCACCAAAGUUUUUGAGGACCCCAACUGACCAGACAGGAGUUCAGGGGGGUGUGGCCUCCUUCAUCUGCCAAGCCAUAGGGGACCCCCGGCCCAAAAUAGUGUGGAACAAAAAAGGGAAGAAAGUCACCAACCAGCGAUUUGAGGUGAUAGAGUUUGAUGACGGAUCUGGGUCUGUGUUGAGAAUUCAGCCGCUUCGUACCCCGCGUGAUGAAGCCGUAUAUGAAUGUGUGGCCUCCAACAGUGUUGGGGAGAUCAGUGCUUCCACGAAACUCACUGUUUUACGUGAGGACCAGCUCCCCACCGGUUUCCCCAUCAUAGACAUGGGCCCCCAACUGAAGGUGGUGGAGCGAACCCGCACGGCCACCAUGCUGUGUGCUGCAAGCGGCCACCCUGACCCAGAGAUCACCUGGUUUAAGGACUUCCUGCCUGUCAAUACCAGCAACAACAACGGGCGCAUCAAGCAGCUGCGAUCAGAAUCCUUUGGUGGUACACCAAUAAGAGGUGCCCUCCAGAUUGAGCAGAGUGAAGAAUCCGACCAGGGGAAGUAUGAGUGUGUCGCCACCAACAGCGACGGCACGCGGUACUCCGCUCCUGCCAACCUGUAUGUCCGAGAGCUGCGGGAAGUUCGCCGAGUUCCCCCAAGGUUUUCCAUCCCUCCAACGGACAGUGAGAUCAUGCCUGGUGGCAGUGUCAACAUCACAUGUGUGGCGGUGGGGUCACCCAUGCCCUAUGUUAAAUGGAUGCUAGGGGCUGAAGACCUCACGCCAGAGGAUGACAUGCCCAUUGGACGCAAUGUGCUGGAACUCACAGAUGUGCGCCAGUCGGCCAAUUACACCUGCGUGGCCAUGUCCACCUUGGGCGUCAUAGAGGCUGUGGCACAAAUCACAGUCAAAGCAUUGCCCAAGGCUCCCGGGACGCCUGUGGUUACAGAAAGGACAGCCACAAGCAUAACGUUGACCUGGGACUCUGGAAACCCAGAGCCGGUCUCCUAUUACAUCAUCCAGCACAAGUCCAAGUAUUCGGAUGAUACAUACAAAGAAAUCGAUGGCGUUGCCACUACCCGGUACAGCGUGGGGGGCCUAAGUCCCUACUCAGACUAUGAGUUCCGUGUGGUAGCAGUCAAUAACAUUGGCCGUGGUCCGGCUAGUGAGGCCAUUGAGGCACGCACAGCAGAGCAGGCCCCCAGCUCAGCACCUCGACAGGUCCGCGGUCGCAUGCUCAGCAGUACCACAGCAAUCAUCCACUGGGACGAACCUGAGGAGGCCAAUGGUCAGAUCAUGGGUUACCGGGUCUACUACACCACUGAGCCUAGCCUGCAUGUCAACCACUGGGAGAAGCAGAUGGUACGUGGAGCCAACUUUCUCACCAUCGUGGGGCUAACCCCAAACAAGACCUACUACAUCAGGGUUCUGGCCUUCACUUCUGUGGGAGAUGGGCCUCUGUCUCCGGACCUGCAGAUCAUAGCUAAAACAGGCGUUCCAUCGCAGCCUACCAACUUCAAAGGUGAAGCAAAGUCAGAAACAAGUAUACUGCUCUCAUGGGUACCCCCACCGCAAAACGGCCAAGACAAUCAAAUCAUCGGAUACGAACUUGUCUACAGAAAAGGCGAUGAGAAGGAAGAAAAACGAGUGAGCUUUGAACCCACAAACGCAUACCUUCUGAAGGACCUGAAACCCUUCACCACAUACAAGUUCCUGCUUGCGGCACGUAGUAAGCACGGCAUUGGCGCUUACACCAAUGAGGUGUCCACGGAAACGCCACAGACACAACCCUCAGCACCUCCUCAGGAUGUUAAAUGCUCUAGUCCCAGUUCCACGAGCAUUCUGGUAAGUUGGCGUCCGCCGCCAGUCGACUUACAGAACGGGAUCAUAACAAAGUACUCCAUCCAGUACGCGGCCACUGAGGGAGAGGACACGGCCCCUCGUCAAAUCGCUUGCAUCCCACCUGAAAGCUCCCAGUACCUGCUGGAGAACCUGAACAAAUGGACAGAGUACCGCGUGACAGUGAGCGCCCACACGGAUGUUGGACCAGGCCCUGAAAGCUUACCGCUGCUCACCCGCACUGAUGAGGAUGUUCCGAGUGGUCCCCCUCGUAAAGUCGAGGUGGAGCCUGUCAACUCUACAGCUGUUAAAGUGAUCUGGCGUUCGCCAGAUCCCAGCAAGCAACAUGGGCAGAUUCGAGGGUACCAGGUACAUUACGUCAGGAUGGUAAAUGGGGAGCCCAAAGGACAGCCCGUCAUCAAGGACAUCCUGAUCGAUGAUGCACAGUGGGAAUUUGAUGACUCAACAGACCAUGAGAUGAUAAUUUCUGACCUCCAACCUGAAACGAUGUACUCUGUGGCAGUAGGCGCUUACACAACGAAGGGGGAUGGAGCUCGCAGCAAGCCCAGACUGGUCUCCACGACAGGCGCAGUACCUGAGAAGCCCAGACUCAUGGUUAGUGCCACCAAUAUGGGCACCGCGUUGCUCCAGUGGCAUCCCCCAUCCAACACAUUUGGUCCUUUGCAAGGGUACCGCCUCAGGUUUGGCCGCAGAGAUGUGGAUCCCCUUACCGUGGUUGAAUUCCCUGAGAGAGAAAACCAUUAUACCACCAAGGAAAUCCACAAGGGUGCCGCCUAUGUCUUCCGGUUGUCAGCCAGAAACAAAGUGGGCUUCGGGGAGGAGACGAUCAGGGAGAUUGCCACUCCUGAGGACAAGCCCAGUGGAUACCCACAGGAUAUUAUGGCAGAGAAAACCACAUCUAACACCUUAAGGAUUGCUUGGAAGCCAGUUGUACUCGCCGAGCAGAAUGGUCGCAUCAUCAAGUAUGCCCUGCAGUACAAGGACAUCAACAGCCCACGGAACCCCUCUGAGAUUUUCAUCACUGUCCCUGAGUCCGCUGUGACACUUGAUGGCCUAAACUCCGACACCACAUACGAUAUUAAAAUGUGUGCAUUUACCAGCAAAGGCCCCGGGCCGCAUAGUCCCAGUGUCCAGUUUAGGACGCUACCCUUGAAUCAAGCAGUGUUCGCAAAGAAUUUUCGUGUGAAAGCUGCAACAGAGACAUCCGUGCUGCUGACUUGGGAGACUAGUGAAAACUACAAUGCAGCACAGCCGUUCACUAUCCUCUACAAUGGACAGAGUGUGGAGGUGGAUGGGAAGCUGACCCAGAAGCUGAUCACCAACCUGCAGCCUAAAACACAGUACUCCUUCCUGCUCACUAACCGAGGGAACAGUGCCGGGGGUCUGCAGCACCGAGUGUCUGCUGUGACAGCACCCGAUGUAUUGCGUACAAAGCCCUCCAUCAUUGGCAAGACCAACUCUGAUGGCAUGGUGACUGUGGAACUGCCAGCAGUGGAGACCACACAGAAAGUCAAAGGGUACUACAUUGUCGUGGUCCCCUUGAAAAAGCAGCGCAGCGGAAAGUUUCUCAAGCUUUGGGAAAGUCCUGAUGAAAUGAACCUGGAGGAGCUGCUCAAAGAAAUAAACAGAACCAGCAAAGGUCUUCGGGUCAAGAGGCAGGCGGAGCCCAAACCUUACAUUGCGGCCUACUUCAAAGAGCUUCCCACUGAGUUCACCCUGGGAGACAAGAAGGUCUAUGGUGACUUUGAAAAUCGGCAGCUCCAAAGUGGCCAAGAAUACAUAUUCUUUGUUUUGGCUGUGCUGGAGAUGUCUGAGAAUACAAUGUAUGCCACAAGCCCCUACUCCGACCCCGUGGUGUAUGCAGACAUCGAUCGACAGCCAAUCAUCGAUGAGGAAGAGGGACUAAUCUGGGUGGUGGGGCCUGUGCUUGCUGUGGUCUUCAUAAUUUGCAUUGUCAUCGCCAUCCUCCUGUUCAAGAGCAAACCGGACAGGAAGAGAGCUGAAUCAGAGGGCAGGAAAGGAAGCCUACCCAACAGCAAGGAGCUGCCCUCCCAUCAUCCUACUGACCCUGUGGAGUUGCGACGCCUCAACUUCCAAACACCUGGUUCAGGUGUCUCCGGUUACCCUGGUAACCUGCAUUUGUCAAGCAUGGCUAGCCACCCACCAAUCCCCAUCAUGGAGCUGGCUGACCACAUAGAAAGACUGAAAGCUAAUGAUAACUUGAAGUUUUCUCAAGAAUACGAGUCCAUAGAUCCUGGGCAGCAGUUUACAUGGGAACAUUCAAACCUGGAGGUGAACAAGCCGAAGAACAGAUACGCCAACGUGAUCGCAUACGACCACUCCCGUGUCCUCUUGUCCACCAUUGAAGGUAUCCCUGGGAGCGAUUACAUCAACGCCAACUACAUUGAUGGCUACCGGAAGCAGAAUGCAUAUAUCGCCACCCAGGGGCCUCUGCCAGAGACCUUUGGGGACUUCUGGAGGAUGGUUUGGGAGCAGCAUAGUGCAAACAUAGUAAUGAUGACCAAGCUGGAGGAAAGGUCAAGGGUGAAAUGUGACCAGUACUGGCCUACAAGAGGCACAGAGACAUACGGCUUGAUCCAAGUGACAUUACUUGAUACAGUGGAGCUGGCCACGUACUGUGUUCGCACAUUUGCACUUUACAAGAACGGCUCCAGUGAAAAGCGCGAGGUGAGGCAUUUCCAGUUCACCGCCUGGCCUGACCAUGGAGUUCCCGAGCACCCUACUCCUUUCCUGGCCUUCCUGCGACGGGUCAAGGCCUGCAACCCUCCUGACGCAGGGCCCAUGGUGGUGCACUGCAGUGCCGGUGUGGGCCGGACAGGCUGCUUUAUUGUCAUCGAUGCCAUGCUGGAGAGGAUCAAGCACGAAAAGACAGUGGAUAUCUAUGGCCACGUGACGCUCAUGCGGGCGCAACGCAACUACAUGGUGCAGACAGAGGACCAAUAUGUCUUUAUCCAUGAUGCGCUUCUCGAAGCCGUUACCUGCGGCAACACUGAGGUACCUGCCAGGAACCUGUACGCCUACAUCCAGAAGCUGACCCAGAUUGAGCCUGGCGAGAAUGUCACAGGAAUGGAGCUUGAAUUCAAGCAUUUAGCCAACACUAAGGCCCACACCUCCCGAUUCAUCAGUGCCAAUCUACCUUGCAACAAGUUCAAAAACCGCCUUGUAAAUAUAAUGCCAUAUGAGUCCACAAGAGUCUGCCUCCAACCGAUUCGAGGGGUUGAAGGGUCUGAUUACAUCAAUGCCAGUUUUAUUGAUGGUUAUAGGCAACAGAAAGCCUACAUUGCGACCCAGGGGCCUCUAGCAGAGACCACAGAGGACUUCUGGAGGAUGCUUUGGGAACACAACUCCACCAUCGUGGUGAUGCUCACCAAGCUUCGAGAGAUGGGAAGGGAGAAGUGCCACCAGUACUGGCCAGCUGAGAGGUCCGCCCGGUACCAGUAUUUUGUGGUGGACCCUAUGGCUGAGUACAACAUGCCCCAGUACAUCCUGAGGGAGUUCAAAGUGACAGACGCCAGGGACGGACAGUCCCGGACAGUAAGGCAGUUUCAGUUCACAGACUGGCCAGAGCAGGGCGUGCCCAAAUCCGGAGAGGGCUUUAUCGACUUCAUCGGCCAAGUGCACAAAACGAAAGAGCAGUUUGGCCAGGACGGCCCUAUCACAGUGCACUGUAGUGCGGGUGUGGGAAGGACAGGUGUUUUCAUUACGCUCAGCAUUGUUCUGGAGCGGAUGAGGUACGAGGGAGUGGUGGACAUCUUCCAGACAGUGAAAAUGUUGAGGACGCAGAGGCCGGCCAUGGUUCAAACAGAGGAUCAGUAUCAGUUUUGCUACCGAGCUGGACUGGAAUACCUUGGAAGUUUUGAUCACUAUGCAACAUAAUGUUCCCAUCCAUAGUGAGACGACAGCAGGCCAAUUGAGAUACAGAGAGCCUCUUCUGAGCCAUACUGUAACUACUUGCUUGAGAAGUACUCCUUGAUGCCAAGAUAAGCAUUUGAUGUGAAACACGAACAAAAAAAAUCAUUCUAGGUGGACCAAGAAUUGACUCAUUUGAUAAGUUACCCUGACAUUCAACAGAAGUGUUGUUAUUGUCACGGUAACAAUCCUUUCAUUUUUCUUGUUAUUAUUAGCUUUUUUUUUUUUUUUUUCGCUUCAAGGAGUCAUCUUGGAAUAAAAUGGAGAAACUAUAAUGAUGACAUUAACAAGGACAGCAUCAACAGCACACACUUGGUGAGGAGCGCCAAAAGGCCGACAUAGCAACCUGAAAUUGAGUGCACACUGUAUAACCAGUCUGAAAGUUCCACAGUGCAGUACACACAGAUAUUUGGUCUUAUAAGGACACUGUAUGUGAUAAAUUGUGAAAAAGAAGGCACCACACAUCACUCCCAAUAUACGGAGAAGUUGGGGAUAUGUUUAAAAAAAUGAAUAAAAAUUUCUGAUUUUGUUUUAAAGUAUUUUAUUACACAGCUGAC